AUGUCUGAUGUGUUCCGCGAGCUGAACGGGAAACUGCUGUUCCCCGUGGACUACCCUUCGCAGACGCUGCUGGCGAAGAGGCACAAGUUGCUCGUCGUGAUCGGCGCGCUCGUGUCCGGUGUCGUCGGUGUAGCAACACAGUCGAUACUCCAGAUGGGCGUCUGUUACCUGUGCUUCGUGUUCGUUGCGCUGUUGCUUGUGCUGCCGGCGUGGAAGUCAUACCGCGUGCACAACCUCGAGUGGGUCCAGCCGCAAGCGGUCGCCGUCGACCUCAAGUGA